UUAAGAAUUGUUCAGUUGACCACAAAGAGACUCUUGGGCAAGUCGCAGUCGCUCGUGUAAGGAAACCGUGACAAACGUGCUCUUGCGUAGUGAAACCGGCUUUAAAAACUUUAAAGAUUUUGUGUUUUGAGCAGUUUAAGGAUGUAAUUGGGAACCAAGAUGCUCAUCUUUUCUCCUCCGCCUAAUAUGACGCACCGAGGUCCGACCACCAAUCCUAAAUGAUAUGGGUCAGAAGCCCUCCCGUCAACAGGGUCAAAGCAUAAACAAGAAGUUACCUUUUGCGCUUUUUUCACACAAGAACGAAACCACUCAGAAUAUAAAUCCUCAACAGCCUAUUAGAUUUCAGUACAAAACGAAAAGGAAAAAUAACAUUAAGGAUUUGAAUUGUAUCAAGCAAAAUCAUGUAAAUAUAGAUAAUGUACAUCUAAAUAACUUCGUAAAACCAAACCAAAGCAAAGAAACAAAUUGCGAAGUACAGUGUAAGUUAGUGAAAACCCAAAGCACGCCAGUAAGGACAAAGUCUGAACCUAAUUUAGUACCUGAACGCACUAGGUAUAGAAAUAGAAGAAAGAAGGUGAAGAACGAUUGGAACAACGAGACACCUCAGUUUGGUUAUGAGAUUCAGGACGUAGAUGCUUUUCUAAAUAAGGCAACGAUCGAAAAACCUGCAAAUAUACCAGUUGUGUUAGCUUUUCCAAGCGUUCUAUAUCAAACGAGAGUUGGGGGAUAUCAAGCAGAAAUAUCUCUACCACUAGGCAUGGUUGUUAACGCCGUUUUCAAGAAUCAACAUUGGCUUUAUGUCCAAACGCCUCACGCAGAAGAAGGCUAUGUCAGUUAUGCUGCUUGCUUGCCUUUAGGUAUAAUUCCUCCACCGGAAGAUGAUAAACUGGCUCCAUGCUGGGAAAAAAGCACCGACGUCUUCCCGAAACCUUCAGGAAACCUAACAGAUACCGAAAAACUCAGUUCUAAGUCCGAUUGCGAAGGUGGGGGAGGAAGUAUAAGAUGUCGGACAAGGUCUCGAAACGCUGUUAGUACCUGCGGCGAAAAAAGUAUAGACAGGUUGUACUUAAGGGCUGCAGCGAAUGCUAAGACGAAAGGAGUUCGACAUACUUUGUUAGUCAUUGUUACAGACUUUUCGGGAAGUGGGGAUAAUAAUAUCGCAGUGCAAAAAGGGGAUGUCGUGUUUCUUGUAGACGCUAGUGUCAAAGGUUGGUUCUAUGUGAAAAGUAAGGAGGGGGGAGAGGGGUAUAUACCAGCUGCUGUGGCUGGUCACGGGUUUCUGUAA